GUUUUGUUUGUAAAGUAAUAUUGUGAAUCAACUUUUGCCGCCAUGACAGGGAGUCGUCGCUACCGUCGUAUAAAAUGAUGACUUUAUGCUUUAGUGUGACAAUAUUGCUACUUCCAACUUGACUUUAUGGACUUAAAUUCAUAUUCGUGUGUACUAAUUAAUUUUGUUUCUUUGGGAUUAUCAGCGUUGGAGGAAAUACAGGUGGAUACUUCAACAUCCUUCACACAUAAUGUGGAGUACAAGGACGUGGCCUGAUCACGUGGUCAAUCUGUUAUGUUGUGUUAGAAGUGUGGUUUGUGAAAUUUGUCUCUACAAACAGAACUGUGAAUUACGCAAUUUGUUUUAUUCGCUAUAUACUUAGACCUUUUUGGUCUUUGAGGAGGAGUAAUAGUUUCCAACUCGAUAAAUGUAUAGUUUACACGAAAAUGAUUGAUUAAUGCAUUUGAGAUAUCGUAGUCAGGUUGGCUUCUUCGUUUUCCUUGUUUGCGACCAAGUCACGUGCUUUCUAUAGUCUGAAGGCUUGUCCCAGUUACAUAAACGACGGCGUGUUUUCAGAAUAAGGUUCACACUUUCAUUUUAGUUUGGGAAUCCUAUUAUUUAAAAAAAAUUAUAUUUUAGAUUUUUAUAAGCUUUUAUCAAUAUUAUUUAGAUUUGUUAGUUUGACGCUGCUUAAAUGCGUUUAUGUCGGGCUCAUCAACGCUGAGGAUAUGUUUGGCCGCGAUGGCACCCGCGCUGACUGAAGCGGCCACCGCGCGACUCAAACUUCAAGAUCCCUCAGCAAAAAACGAAUCACUUUCUAUAAUUAAGUCUGAUAAAAAGGUGAAUGAACAUAACAUUCCCGUGUCAAAUGGAGAUUUAAACACCCUGGGUGUACAUCAAAGGUCAAACGACCGGCUGGUGUCUCGACUGUCAAUAACAAAAGGCAAGGAAGAUAUUAACGGUACUAGUGACCCAAGGAGGUCAACACCUUUGACCACUACUACCAGUCCUCAGACAUUAACUAUUUCAUCACAUAUAAGCACAUUUCGAAGUAUCAAACAGCUUAAACACAUUGAACAGUUUUAUGCGUUUGAAUUUCAACAAGGUGACAUUUGUAUUCAAAAAGAACAAAAAUCAGAUACACACAUUGACGAUUUGAAGAUAAUGAAUCAGCCGCGACUUGCUGCUGACAAACAAAUAGAGCAGAGCAAAGCUGAGCCCCUUGUUGGGGAUGUUGAUAAACUUCUUAAUUCCUCACAAGUUACAAAGAUUAAAAUUUUACCUCCCGUUAUGGUCAAUGGUGAAGAGGUUAGUUGUCAAAGGGAGAGGGAUGGAUUUUUGAAAGAUUGUGAUGAAAAGGGGGAUGCGCCUGUUAGAAAUGGUAUUCAGUUGAACACUGAAGAAAGAUCUAUUAUUUUUAGUAAAGACUGCAAGUUAAACACUUCAGUAAAAAUGGGAAUUAGUUUAAAGCAGGAUCAGGGUUUGAAACAGGUGGUUAUGGAGAGCAUUGCAUCUAAAUCUGAAACUCAACCAGAGGAAAGGUCCAAAGAAGACAUUAGAAAAGAUUGUGUUAAAAAACAAGCUUACUUGGAGAGACAUGUGGAUAAUUUACUGCGAAGAUUGAAGCGUAUGAAAGGAAAGGUAGUGGAAGCUCAUACUAAAGAACAGUUAAGGUAUUUUGUAAAUUUUCAACAUAAAAACCUUCAAAAUGUUGCUAAAGCAAUCAAGAAUGAAACACCUGGUCCUGCAGAAUUAAAGGAGCAUUUCCUUAGUAAUGAGGAUGUAAAGAAUAUGUCAGCUGCUCAGCUUGUCAAGCUGGUUAAAAAUUAUCAACCAAGCAGAGCAACUCAGUUAUCUGAAAAGACUCCAAAGUUAAAUAUGGUAACUUCUGGUUCAGUGAUAAUGGACCCAUUAAUAAGAUGUGCUGCUUUGAAAACCUCGGAAAAGCUUUCACACAGAGUUGAGAUAACAGCAGCAGAAUUGGAUUCUGAUGCUACAGCCAGUAGCUCAGGAGGAGAAAGUGGUGAUGAAGAUUCAUUAGGAUUACCAUCAAAUCAUCUUUCUGCUGAAAUGCCUCCAUUGUAAGUAUAAUAAAUAUUAUAUUUCUUUAGUGCUUUUACCUUGAAGAGCAUAUUGCAUAUCAUGUAGUAUAUCUUUGGGGUCAUAGUCAUGUGUUAUUUCUUUCCAUCUCUGGAAAUACUCAUAUCAGACCUAUAAGUAUGUGCAUAUUUUUAUAUUUGAUGUAUUUUUUAAAAACAAAAUUUGACUGGUAAUCAAAUUAACAGAUUUUCAAAAAGAUUUUUGUAACCAAACGGGUUUUAAUCCCAAGCCAAGUAAAAUAUGGUUUUCCUUCUUUUAUAUGUUUUUAGUUGUGUUUUUUAAAAAUACUCAUGACUUAUACCUCGCAAAAAAUUAUAAUAGGUGACAAACUAGCAAGUCCACAUUACUGUCCUGGCUAUUUAACCAAAGCUUGUGACAUCAUAACCCACUACCGUACCUUAUGGUAGAUAGCUGCAAGUUACCAUUGUACCCCAUUGUCUAUGUUGACAGGCUCAUAUUAAAAAUGACUGAGUAACAAAUGUUGAAUUGUAGGUUUUAAGCAUUUUUCGCCAUAUUAGUAUUAUUCGUUAGUAUUAUUAAAAUAUUUACAAAGUUGAUUUAGUAGGCCUAAAAUUACAAUUACAUUACCAGCUAUUGACUAUUGGAAUUGACAUUUUAUUUGGGAAUCACCAACUCAUCUGUGUAUUAUACUUUAUAUGCACAAACUGAAAAUGGAGACGAGCUUUAUUUUAUUUUUAAAAAUGCAACAAAGAAGUUGGUUUCAUUAAAUCAUCACCCAACAAAUGCCAAGUAAGAUCAGGAUUUAUAUUUUUGUUAGACAGGGAGACCUUCUCUUUUCAAAGACAGGCCUUGUCAUUAAAUUGUUGGGGUUACGGUUACAGUAGUCAGUAGGCUAUUAAAAAGGUGUAAUAUAUAGUGUAGGGUUAUUUUCUUAUAUAAUUCCCCCAGGACAAGUUUGUAAUAUGAUAUAUAUAGAUCUAUGGUUAUGUGUAAAUGUGUAGGCCAAGUGUUGCUGUUUGUGAAUUGUUUACAUAAUGUGACUGGUUGUUUGGGAAUUACAUAUGACUAGUAGCUUCAAAACAUCUUUUUUAAAAAAAAAGUUUCUAGCUACUAAAAUUCAAUUUUUACCUGGCAUAUACACAUAGUUUUUACACAUUUUAUUUACUUUAAUAUGUUGUUCUGUUAGAUACUUAACUAGUUUAUAUAGCCUAAAUUUAAUUGUGAACACCACCAUUUAAUAACCGACUAAACAGUUUAAUUUUUUGGGGGGUUGGGAUGGUGGUGAGAUUACUGAUACACUCAAAGCUCAAGGUAAGCACUUACUGACUGAAGACUGUUAUUUAGGAGUAUCUCUAAUAUGGUUUUUAAAUCGUAUACACUUAGUUACUAGCUAGUUUUUUCGAUUUUGAUUGUAUCGGAUUUCCGUCACAUGGCAGACGAUGGCAGAUGUAAAUGAAUUGUCAGUUGCCUUUGCUGCGUGUCAGUUUUUAUUGGCGACACUACACAACACCGAUCGAUAGUGCGACGAUUGAUAGUGUUGAAGGAUAAUGACCCAGGCGACUUUGGUUUAAAAAGAAAGGAGUGAGCACGUGUGUGUGUGUGGAGGGGGUAGUGAAGCUUGCAAAUAGUUACGUAGAAUAUUAAUUGUAAUCGCGACCUUUCUAUAAGGAGUGACUAAGGCAGAACACGGCACGCUGAUACAAAAAAAAAAAAAAAAAACGCGUUGAAUGCAGUGCCGGCGUUCGAGGUCAUUCAAGUUUCACCAGCCAGUAACAGCAGGACACCCCGCGAGAAAUGUUUCAUCAUGCGACGAUCUGUGAACUAUUUUUAGUACUUAGUAAUUUUAGAGGGGGGGGGGGGCAAACAUCCUUUUAAAGCAACGGUUCUCAACCUGUGGGUCACGACCCUUUUCCAGGGGUCGCCAAAGACCAACUGAAAACACAAACGCUCUGCAGUUAAAAAGGAAAAACGAAAAUUUUUUGUGGCCGGGGUUCGCCACAACAGGGUGAACUCUAUUAAAGGGUUGCGGCAUUAGGAAAGUUGAGAACCACUGUUUUUAAAGAUUUAAAAAAAACAUAGUUCUUUAUUUCUUAGAAGAAAGGGUUUAAUGGCAUUAAUUAUCAUUUUCAAGUGGCCUCCACACUCUGAUGAAAAGAAAAGUUGGCUAAGAUGGGCAUUCACCCUCUAACAUUCCUCUUUCACGGUUACCGGAAAUUUGAUCGAAAGAAAUUUCGUCGACAGUAAUUUGAUCGACUGGAAAUUUGGUCGAAUCUUUUUUUUUUCAGUUCACACGUUAAAAUUUUCAUCAAAUUUCUUUUUGAACGCACUGUACUAUAUAGUAAAACAAAAUAAUGCGUUCUAAAAGACAUUUGAAGCAAAAUUUAAACGGAAAAAAAGAUUUGACCAUAUUUCCGUUCGAUCAAAUUACCGUCGACGAAAUUUCUUUCGAUCAAAUUUCCGGAUACGCUCUUUCACAUAUAUUGUCUCAGCAGUUCAAAUGUUACAGACUAGCACUUUAAUUCUAAUGUAGAAAAAUGCACAUGUAGACCAGUGGUUCUAAUCUCAACAUUUGUUUUGGUACUUGUGAUUAGCAACUAAUAGUUCAAAGGUUUACAAUAAUUGUUAAGAAUUUAAAAAAAAUAAAUUUGUUUGCCAAAGAAAAUUUUAAAUUUUUUGUAUAAUGUGUAAAUAAUAAUUUGGAAUGACUGAUGUGGACUGAUGAGAAAAUGUUGUACAGACCACUCUCCCAUACAAUAGAUAGGGUAAAAAUGAUAUCAGAUGAAAUAGGUGACAGUUAUUCAAUGGAUGGUUCAGUUACUGAGCAGGUCUGUUACCAAUGUUUUCAUAAACUAUGAAUUCCAUUUGUUUGCCAGUUGUGCAGCUGGACAUAGAACAGGGAUCUUUCAUUCCAGAACCCUUGAUACAAGUCUUCUUUAACUUUGGCUUCAUAAAAAACAUUCUUUUAAAAGUUAAAUUAUUUCUUCUUCCGCUAACCUGCCUCAAAUCAUUGGAUCUGAUGAAAUUUUCCAGGUUUUGAAGUUUUUUGGGGUGUUAUUUGCGACAGUUACUUGUUGUUGCAAAAAAUCUUUCAGGCAGUUAAUUUGCAAACUCUUGGUAACAACAUUUCUGUUUUCAGCAUCCCAUUAUUUGUUUUAAUUUUUACAUUUUGGUAAACAUAAUAGAUUACUCUGGGGAAAACAACGCACCUUCUUUUUCCUCAGUGGUUCAUUGUGGUUUAUAGGCUUACUUCUAUCUCUAAAAUCUCCCUAUUCUCACACCUCCCCAUUCUCUCUCCUCCUCCCCAUUCUCUCACCCCCUCCUUAUUCUCACACCUAUCAGCUUAUUUAAUUAUUAAUGUAAGAAAACAGUUUUUACUAGAAUUUGCACAAAUAAUUUCUAAAAACCAUGAAUUACAGAUAGUGAAUUUACAAACUGGAACUGCUAAAAGCAACCUCAAAAAUAGUUUCCUGUGGCCUGUUUUUUUAUUUUACAGUCACUUUCAGAAACAUGUUCUAAUCUCUUUAUCAUGAUUAUACAUUUUAUAACCUGAUAAUUGAGACUAGCGGAAAUUUGUAGGAUAUUUCUUAGGAAAAUUGCUAGACGAAGUUUUUUGUAUAGAAGUUGUUUAAAAAUUAAAAAAAAAAUAAUAAUAAUAAUUUUAAUAAUAAUGCUAUUCGGAUGUCUUUUGUGGUAGUUUAUUUUAGUUAGACUGAAGAAGUAAGUUCACAAACAUAUAGUCCAUUGAAUUAUCUUUCAUUUGAUACCUCAUUUUGUCUUACAAACCCAACAAUAAUAUUUUAAAUAGUUUUUUAAUCCCAACCUCUCACUUCUGAUACCCGGGUACGAAAUAGUCACAGCCAUAAAAGAUUGUUUCUGAAAUUCAACAAACAAUAAUUCAAUACUUUUGAAAUUGAAUUUCUUGUGCUCAAUCAUGUUUGGGGGGAUUGUGAGGGGGACUGAUCUAUUAAACCAUUGGGCUAGUGGUUAGAGAAAUUAUUCUUAUAAAAACUAAUAAAGGGGCUGGGGUGAAAAACUUCAUUACAUUUGAUAUCAUCAUUAUUGUGUUAUGAACUCAUGUCCCUGUCCACGGCCACCUGAUUUGCAUACUUUCAAUUUAAUGAUUCACCGAUUGUGGCAUAAUCUAUAUUUGUUACGGAUAUUCCUCUAAGCUGAUCUUAAAUCAGUGGAUCUCGUGAAAUUUACAUAUAUAUUUUUGGGGUGUUAUUUACUGUGUAUUGUUAUGAAAGCUAAAAUUUUAAGCAUUGGUGUUCAUCAUAAUCACAUUCAAACAAGUUAUGGCAAAACUUAAAGCUUAUGCUUUAGAGUAGAAAAAUAUUAUAAACUAGAGUUUACCUGUAUACAAAAUAAGAUUUCUGAGUCUUUGAUACAGAAUUUGUGCAUUGGCUUUUCUUUCAAGUCAGUAUAUUCAUCAAAUAGAACCCUCUAUUACUCUGCAUAGUCACCCAAACUCAAAGCUCACACCUUUUCUUUAAUACAUUUAUGAUGUUGCUGAAAUGAUUAUAAUUUACGUUAACACGGUUUACUUGCCGUCACUCAUUGUGGUUCUUAAUAUAAUUUGUGUGCAGCAAAGACUUUUUUGUUUGUUUGAAAAAUUAAUAUAACUGAAAUUGCAAGUGCGAAUGGUUACUAAUGGAAGGAUACAUAAUUUACACAGUUAUUUUUGUUAUAAAUAUGAUUUUAAAAGUAAAAAUCAUAUCUUAAUGCAUACAAAAUAUUAUUUAUCUUUUAGAUUAAAAAGGGCAGAGUGGAAAUGGGCCAUGGAUAGAUCAGCUGUUGUUUCAAGGUGGACUUGGUUACAGGCACAAGUUUCUGAUUUGGAAUAUCGUAUUAGGCAGCAGAGUCAGAUUCAUAGGCAACUCAGGAAUAGCAAAGGAGGUGUUGUUUUAGGUGACCCACCAUCCACUGCUGAAAUGCUACGUAGAAUUCAGGGAAUACAACCUAAAGCUGCAGGGGUGAAUAACACUGGUGACAAGCUGCCAGAGGGAUCUAUUGUAUGUGAGGUUUCACCCUGCAAUGUUUCAGCUGUCAUGUCUAAUGUUGAUAAGCAAGCUUCAAGAUUAACUCAGUCAUUAGGAAAUUGCUUAUCUCCUGCAUCAUCAUUGAUAGGCAGUCCAGCAGGCUCCUCAAAAAUUUCAUCCCCAUAUGUAAAUGGACUUACAGAGUCUCCUUGCAGUGUUGCAACCACUGAUACAGAGACCACUGCAGAAGAUAGUCCAUUGGUUUCUUCGGAGCGGUUAUCUGCAAAGAGUUAUGACUCUGAACAUAAUACAUCAGUCGAUGCAACUUGUCAGUCAGCUAGAUGCCGUCCCCUUCGGAGUUACCGUAAACGCAAAAUACUUAAAACCAUCGGUCUUUAUAAAACAAACUCAAAGGCAGCGAGGUUGUCAGAUGUCCGUUGUCGUUGCUAUCCUCCUGCCAAUCCUUGUCCGAUUUGUGGGGGUCGUUAUAAUAAUACAUUGACUGUGGAUCCAGAUACAAUGCCAUUUAAAGAGAGAGUUGCCCUCUUGGAUCCCUCAUUCCAUCCAGUGCUUUCAUUCCCACAAGACAUUCAUUUACCCAUCCAUUGUGAGGGACUUCUAAAAUCAGGUAUGUGGCAGAACAAACCUCUUCCACGGAGAGCCAGAGUGGGAGAUUAUCGACGUCAGAAGGUGAUUGCAUUAGUUGCAGAACCGGUGAGGAAAAAUGGUAACAGACAGAAUGGCAAGAAUAAUUCAGCUUCUGUGAUAAACUUUUCAGCAAGUAAGUUGUAAUGUAACAAUUAUGAUUAUGAGUUUUAAGAUUUCAUAGUUAAGUGUUCUUGGCUUUGUUGACUCAGUCUGCCUCUUUUAAACUUCAUUUGAAUUUUGUUUAAAUUCAAGUGUUUUUGCUCUUUCCUGCCUUGUAUGUUACGGAUACAUUAAAUAUAUUGUUAGAUAAGAACCUAUCCGAUGUUGGAUUUACUUCAUAUAAUGACUGACAGCAAAAGCUCUUUUUUUAAAAAAUAGCAGAAAUAUUUUUUACAAAACUAGUGUGUGGUAGUUCUUUAACUUAAAAAAAAAAAAAAUCAACAUUUGUGCAUUUAAUGAAAUCUACUCUUUGGGGAAUUGACAAUCCAUAUAGUUUUGAUUUACAUCAUGGAAGCUGACACACACAUAAGUAAAAUUAGUCUUGUUUGAUAACAUGCUCUAAAGAAUUAGACUAAAGAAUUAGACUAAUGAAAUUAAUUUUAAAAUUCUUGCAAUCAGUUGGUUAGUUAGUAAAAAUCAUCAUCAGAGCAGUGUUUCCGAAAAUUAUUUUUUUAUGGCCCACUUAGUUUAUACUUUUCCCUCAUUACCCUCUAAAACUUGUAUCCACAGAUUAUUACCUAUAUUUAAGAAAUUAAAAAGCAUUCACCCUUUCUAAAGUAUAUUGAAAUAAAAUAAAAAGCUGUUUAUAAAUUCAUAAAUUGAAAGUGUGAUGCUUUUAUUUUGUAAACUAGGAAUCUCAGGUCUGGAGAAAAUGAUAACUUUAUUCUCAGGUUCAAGUAAUUAACCUUUUUUCUUUAACCUUCUACUUAAUUUACGGGGCCUAUUGCUUUCACAUUCUCAAAUGUACAUGUAUGAACAUUAAGCAGUAAUAAAAACAAUUCCGAACAUAAUACAUUUGUGGGUGCAAAUAGUCAAUCGGCUAGAUGCUGCUUCUUUUUAUAUUUAAAGUAAUUUUCAAAUUCUUUUCAUCAAACUAUCGUCUGUGUAUGCCUGGACAUUUAAAAGAAACAACACAAAAAUGAUGAUGGACUGUGCAGGUCUUGCUCAAAAACUAUGUUUUGUGAUUGGAUGUAAAUUUUUACAAUUGCCAUUUUUUAUAACUAUUAACAAUGACAGUUGCUAGUCAGAUUUAACACUAUAAUUACAAAUAUAGUUGUUUGUAGGAUACAUCUAGACAAAACAAACUCCUAGCUAAGUGUUAAAUGAUUUUCUGGUAUUUGUGCUCUUGUGACCUGGUUCUGGGUCACUACCUGGCAGAUUGUCAAGUUUCCUUAGAUAUUGUGUUUUUUUAAAUUCAAAAUAACGAAGUGUUGAGAUAUCGACUGACAUUGGGUUAAAGAAAUUUAAGUGUAGUAACUUUCAUGGUUCUCUGCAGUGUUGUGAGAUAUUUGCAUACUACAUUGGAUGCUCCACAUUUUUAGGUUUUGUGCAUUUAGUUUUUGAAUCCAAAUACAUGAGGUAUGCAAUGUCCCUUUAUGUAUCGCAUUGCUAUUUGCAACGCUUCAUUACCUUGAAUUGUUUACGAAUUUGUAAGUUAGAAAAGUGCAAGCACGCCUGGUGAAUAUAGCCUCUAAAUAAUGUUAUUUGAUCCUUACUUUGGAUGGAUUUGUUGGUCCAUAUUUGCACACAAAAUUUUCUCAAAUAUUUUUUCCCAAUUUUUAAAUUUUUUUUGGGUUGUCCCCCCAAAAAAAUGAGCUGUAUUUUUUUGUUACAUUACCUCUACUUUGAAAUACAUCGGGCACAGGCUUUUUAACGGCUAUACUUUUUAUUUCAAGAAAACAAGAAGCGAUGGGUGUAUCAGGGUUUUUUAAAUUCUAUUUGUAAAAAAAUUAUUUAUUUUUUUAUCACCUAAGUUGAUUUGUGUGUGUGUGUAUAUAUAUAUAUAUAUGUGUGUGUGUGUAUAUAUAUAUAUAUGUGUGUGUGUAUAUAUAUAUAUAUAUAUAUAUAUAAGGAUUUCACUAAACAAUUUAUAAAAAAAUUAUUUAUUUUUUUAUCAACUAAGUUGAUUUGUUUGUGUGUGUAUAUAUAUAUAUAUAUGUGUGUGUGUGUAUAUAUAUAUAUAUGUGUGUGUGUAUAUAUAUAUAUAUAUAUAUAUAUAAGGAUUUCACUAAACAUCUAAAAUGACCUUACCUUUUCAGCAAUGAAAAAAGCUGAACACCUUGAUGUAUUAAAAAACUGGAUGCUUUGAUUUUACAACUCUCUUUUUCACAGAAAUAAAAAACAAGUACGAGGGUAAAACCAAGGGGAAUUCAACAUCAACGAAAGGAGCAUCUCUCAAACCUCGAGUAAAUAAAGCAAAAAGGAAGGCGGUAAAGGCUGCAAAAGGUAAUGAACUGGGUGUAAAUUUAAAGGGUUUUAACCUUAAAACCCUUAAAUAUUAAAGUUUAAUUGCCAUUAUAAUGUGGCUUGAAUUGAAAUUAUAACCCAUUGGUACUGGAAGUGUUUUUUAACAAUCUUUGUUUGAAAUAUACAUUUGAAUUUUGUUUUAUAUUUAUACGUUUAUUUUAUGUUUGGUGAUGUACAUUUUAGUAAAAUUCUUAGGAAAGUCCAAUAGGAGAUAACAAAUAAGAUUUAAAGUCAUAACACAAUUUUUUUUAAGAUGCACUGAGACGAAAUCAACAUGAUGAGGAGGAUGAUGAAUUAGAGGCUCUUUUCCUUGAUCAAGAGUCAGGCAUGUCUAGUCAUCGAGAUAAUGGUCUCUUCUGUAGUGCAUCACAGUCCUCCUUGAAAGAUUUAAGGGAAGGUCACCACCGGAAACGAAAGGUGGACAAUUCAUUUGAUAUUAACAACAUUGUAAUUCCACUCAGCAUGGCCGCUUCCACACGCAUUGAACAACCUCAGUAUAAAGAAAUUGUUACUCCAAAGUAAGUGAAACCAUUGAUUAAUAAGUCAAACCAUUUUAUUUUAGAUAUUUUUUUUAGGUGUCCUCUUAGUAGUUUUUUUUAAAGGUUGACAUUUUUAUUUUCUUAAGAUUCAUAAUCAACAGGAAAUCGGUAAUAUGUUAAUUAAAUUAAUGCUUCCAUUCAUUUCUUAAACAAUUUUCUUCAGAUGGAGGGAACUGCCUAAGUCCUUAACUGUGGUAGAGGAUAAUGAACUUACUUUGACUCAACAAUUAGAAAAAACCAAUGGUGUAACGCUACCAGUGGAACCACUAAUUCUUGAUGAUGCUGAGGAUGAGGUAUGUAGUUUAAGAUUUUUGAAUUUACAUGAUACAAUUUGUUUUAUACCUUGAUCUAAAUGAUGAAUUUAUUUUUUUAAAAUCUAAAGUAGAGGUUAAUAUUUUAACAUGUUGUUAUUUUAUAGCCUGAUGAGGAUCUUUCUGAUGAGAGAUAUGCUGCCCGACACUUGGCUCUGGAGCAAGAAGAGAAAAAGCGGUUCCGCAAUUUUGUUCAGUAUCCCCCAGUACGUCGUAACAGGGCUAGGUCAGAAGCAAACCCUAGCAAGCCCAUUGAUAGAAAUGGUGCUGAGGAAGGAACUCCAACUCACACUGCACUUAUAGAAGAUAGUUCAGUUUCAUCUCGUCCACCCACACCAGUUUUAAAUAAAUGGUAAGAUGAUCUUUAAAUUUGUUGGGCAUUUUACUGUUCUUAAUCUUGAAUUAUCUUUGAAAGAAAGAUUCACUUGAGGUUGUUUUUUUCCCUGUCUAUGAGUGGCAUUAGAUUUAAUUAAGUUCUUAGCUGUUCCUUUUUUGUGCUCAAAAAGCUUUUUAAACAAUUUCUCAAAGGACGUCUUUUUUGUCUAUUUUUGUGUGUUUUUUUUUUUUAAUUUUAAAAACAUUUAUUACAACCCCCUCCAAGUUAAAAUAAAUUACAAGAUUAUUUGCACAGAUUAUGGUAUUAGAAUUAAUCCAUUAUCUCUGCAAAUCUCAGAUUUGUAAUUUUCCUUUAAUUAUUUUUAUUAGCCAGUAAUUAGAUUUUGGAUUUUUUUUUUUUUUUUUGUUGUCCACAAGGUACAAAUAAAGUUUAUUUAUUAGUAGAGUGCCAGAUUUUUUUUUUUUUUUUUUUUUUUUUUUUUUGUUAUUAAUUAUAUUUUGUUUUUUUUUUUUUUUUUUUUUGCAGUCCACAAGGUACAAAUACAGAUGAUUCAUUAGUAGAGUGCCAGCAGAACAAUAUUAGUGCCAGACGUCGGACAGUUUCAUUUUCCAAGAGAGAUCGUAGUAGUUCUGUGAUUUUCGAUGAUAUUCAUAACUCACUUAUUGAUUGUGGUGGUGUUGAGCCGUGGCCCAGAAGGACAUUUCCAAUAUCAGAAGAUGAGUACCACCUGAUGAGAGAGGAGCUGCCUCCAAGCUGUGAACCAGUUCAUCAAAGAGUCACGAGGCGACUUGCCGAGCCAUCAGGCAAAAUUUAUGUUGGUGGGAAUGUGGAUAAUCAAGAAGAUGCCAGUGCAGUUCCUUCACCUCACCCUAGUAAUGAGUCUGUGUCAUCCAUAGGGGAGGACCCUAAUGACCCUGAGUGGAUUGGAGGUGAAGCCCCUAAACGUUGCAGGAUGAGGCGUACUCUAAAUGAUGACCCUAGUGAUCCAGAAUGGACAGGUUCUGAUACACCCAGAAAGAGUAAGAACAAAAGAUGAGGUCUGUGAUUCUUGCCCCUCCCCAGCAGUGGGGUGAAACCACCUUCUCUGGAUUAUCCCAAUCCUAAAAAUCCCUGGAGUAAAUCUAGGGCCAGUAGCUUUGCUGUUGAGCUCAUGGAUUCUAAAGAGCACAGAAAUGAGAAAUGUUCUUUACGGCUGUCGCUGCCCCGAGCAAUAUCUGCUAGUUAACAGAACUCUGCCAACAUAGCAUUCAUAAACCUAGAGUUAACUUCUCAUUCUCACCUGUAACUUAUUUGAAAGUUAGAAAAUUAUCUUUUGAUAAAGAGAACAUUAAUGUUUACCACUUUAAAAAAUCUAAGCAAUUAGUUUUUUAAUUUAAUGAGAAUUAAGAACUAUUCUUAAUGGCACUCUGUUAAACAUAGGUCACUUCCAUCCAAUGCCUCUUUUUAUCUACAACAGUGCUUUUGAGUGGGAUGUUCAACAAAAGGGCAUUUCAAUAGUUCAUUCAAUAGUAGUUACAAAAUUGAAAAGGUCUCUUAAACAUAGCAUUCUAAUAAUUCAGAAAAUUAUCUAGUUUUAAUGUCAGGACUUGAUCUCUUUUGAAAAGUGCAUAACUUUGUGUCAUUUUUCCAAAUAAGGAAACCCAAUAGUUUGUUGUGCAUUGAGGCUUUAAACAUGCACAUUUUUUAUUUUAUGCUUCAGGGGGAUUUCCCAUUAUACGGGGAGGUGUGGGUGAAAAAUGUAAAAAAAAAAAAUUAAAAUAAUUUUUGGCUUCUUGUGUGAUUUUUUAAUUAAAUAUCCAUGUUGGGUUUAACAAUAGCUGUAAAAAAAAACAAUUAAAAAAACUAAUGACUUUUGUUUCCACGGUAAGUCAUAAAAGAUAUCCACAA